GAGAUUGACAGCCCAUGAUUGAUUGUUUCCAGUCCAGUUCUGAUUCAUACGGCCUAUCAAUUUCCUAAUACUUGUUGAAACAGAUCUUUUGGAGCAUGGAGGCCGCAGAUGAUGCUUUUGAUCCUUCGCGGCGCGAGUCGUCCACUCCUCACUAUCAAACCUUUCCAACGAAUCCACCCUCCUCAAAAGGACCUCCUCACUCACGCCUGAGAUCGCAGGAUUCGAGCACCCGCAAUGCCAACCAUGAGAAUGGACAACCCCACGAUGAAACCCCUCUUCCGAAAAAGCAAUUGGCGAUCCUCGGGGUCAUCGCUCUGGCUGAACAGACCGCGCUGAACAGCAUCGGUCCAUACCUCCCUGCGAUGGCUCUUGGGUUUCCCGGGGUGUCACAGGCAACCGUCGGCCUGUACGUUGGCUUGAUCGCCAGCGCGUUCGCGCUAGCGCAAUGUGCGUCGGGAUAUUUUUGGGGUUUACUUUCCGACCGCAUCGGGCGGAAGCCGGUCAUACUUCUUGGGACCGUGAUGACGGCCGCGUGCUUCGCGGGAUUCGGCUUCUGCAAAACAUUAGGCGCCGCAAUUGCGGUUCAGACGCUCAUGGGCCUAGUCAAUGGCAACCAAGGGGUCGUCAGCACGGUCUUAGGCGAACUCACGGAUCGAAGCAAUCAAGGACGGGCGUUUACAUACCUUCCGGUCGUCUAUGGCCUCGGUGGAAUCACCGGUCCGACGGUGGGCGGAAUGUUGGUGAACCUGGUCGAUGACGAUGACGGAUUCUGGGGGACGUAUCCGUACUUGCCGCCGAACAUCUUCUCCGCCACGAUCCUCCUCGUCGAUUUCGGUCUCGCAUGCUGGCUCCUCGAAGAGAGCCACGAAGCGGCUCGCGAUCAACCCCCUCUUCCCAAACGUAUUGGAAACCUCUUCGCCUGGAUAUGGCAGUUCGCUGGCGGCUCGCACCGACCGUCAUAUGUGAGAACGUUAUCACAGCGCGAACGGCACGGGGCUCGUCUGAACCAUUAUCGGAAUGGUGGUUCGGAUGACCUUCAGGAUCCCGACGAAUAUUCGGGGCUUCUCCCAGGAACCUCAAUGGAUAAGAUCACGUACCGCGAUAUUUUCAAUCGCGAUACCGUCCUUCUGCUGUUGACAUACCUUGUAUUUUCGCUUUCCAAUGUGGCAUACAACACGUUGUAUCCGAUCUUUGGAGAAGGUAAAGCCCCCACCGGACGAGACCUCUCCACACAAGAGGUGGGCCUGUCUCUGUCUUUCUCUGGGCUUGUGACCAUCCUAUUUCAGGUGGGCAUCUACGGUCGCCUGAGAGACAAGCUAGGGAAUAGGGCGUCGUACCGAGUCAGCAUAGCCGGUUUCGUCGCCGCUUUCUUGUUGAUGCCAUGGGUGGGCUACAAGACAUCUUCGGAUGGGCGCUACGCAGGCAUGAGUGAAGGCAAACUCCUGCUCUGGGUCGAGUUGGGAGCCAUUCUCGUCAUCAAGACCGUGGCAGCCGUUGGCGGGCUAACAAGUGCUCUUCUCCUCAUCACUAACUCGGCCCCAUCACACGCGGUCCUCGGCCAGAUUAACGGCCUGGCUCAAACACUAGCAUCAGGCGGACGAGCGGUCGGCCCAUUUGUUUCCGGGGCGUUGUUCUCCGCCGCCACGAGAUUGCAUCCGAAAGGCGAGGCGAUGCCGUUCGGUGUUUUUGCGGGCAUCGCUUUCCUGGGAUUCCUCCUAAGCUGGGGCAUUCGCAGUCCGGACCUGGAAGGAGACGGGUGGGAGGAGGAUCAUGAUGAAUCACCAAGCGAUCAUGAAAGUGGCUGGGAUGAAGAUGAUCACGACCACUGACCUUCGCUCUCACAGGACGGUUAGAAAGUUGGGUUUGGUAAUGAAUCUCAUGGACAUGCUUAUCGGCCGUACGGUUCUUUGCUGUACAGUUCAUGUGCGCUCUACCCGUUCAGUUGAUUGUUGAAGUCGUGUGUCAUUUUCCCAGUCCAACCGCAUU